UUCCCUCCCCCGUAUAGGCUCGCUCACGCUUCGCCAUGUCCGCCGCCAGCGCCGCCGAGACGUCCGCGCAGCUUCCGCCGUCUCCCGGCCGCGUGUUCUUCCAAACGCCUCCGGGAGUCGGCUGCGCCGGUAGCGGCCAGAUGUCACGGGGUGACCCGGUUCAGAAGAAGCAGGGCAAAGUCACGGUGAAGUACGACCGUAAAGAACUGCGGAAGAGACUAAUUCUCGAAGAGUGGAUCAUCGGGCAGCUGAGCGAACUGUACGACUGCGAGGAAGAGGAAAUGCCUGAGGUCGAAAUAGACAUUGAUGAUCUACUGGAGGUGAACAGUGAAGAUGAGAGAGCUGUAAAACUCCAGGAAUCUCUCACAGACUGCUACAAGCCCACUGAUGCUUUUGUGCAGGAGCUACUUGGCAGGAUAAGGGGUAUGAGGAAACUCAACGCCCCGCAGAAGAAAAGCCUUUAAGUGCUCACAAAAUGCCAACGACAAUCCAGCUACAUGGACAGCAAGUCUUGCAGUCCAUCACCCAGCCUGAACCUCCAGAACAUGCCCCCUGAUUCUCUGAAACCCAAGACUCAGUUUCCAAAUAGAUUUCUUACAGUUCUGACUACAAAUCCCAGAUUGCAAAUACUAGGUCAGGAUUUAAAUAAUCUGUAACCAAAAAAACUUUACUUAGUUCCUAGAAUGUAGGCUAUUACAACUUCCGAAGACCUUUGAAAGCCUGUAACCUUAUUUACACUGAAAGGUUAUUCACACUAUGGGAGUGGGGAGCUGCUUACAGUAGAUUUAAUUCAAUGAAACAGAAUUUAGGAUUUGCAUUCUAUAUUUCUUUGUUUGUUAAUAGUAUAGUCUGUCGCAUUCUCCUCUGAUAUUUCUGUAGUGUUGCGUAGUAUUGCAAACCAUUGGUGUCAGGUUUGAGAUCAGUUGUCUGUCUGACCUUUUGGAAGUCAAGGUUAGAAUUUAGAUAAAGGAGUUCUGGUCGUAGGCCUGUGUUUGAGGGCAGCCUCACCAAGUUUGUAUGAGAGAAGAAAGACCCCACCCCACCCCUUCCUGAAGUCAGGCAUGCUGGACCGUGUAGUCCCUUACAGAGGGCCAGCAUCACCCAGCUGCAUUAAGACUUUUGCUUUGUCCUGACAUUUAGUGUGUGAUUCAUUUCACUAGCAAGGUAACAUAUCAGUGUGUCACUGUUACACAUAAUUUGUGGCUGGUGAUUGAAAUUGCACCGUUUGUUAAAAAUAUUUUUUGAGCGUUUGUACUUAAAAAGACACGGCUGAAUUUCAUGACUCGGUUCUGAAACACUAUGGCAAGAGUAUUUGAAGCAUAUGGAUCAUAUAACAGACUGUUAUAUGAUUAUGUCUGGUACACAUAGCUAAUGAAUUGUGAUGUGAGCAUGGGACCGAUUUCAAGUCUUUUAAUGACUGUAGAAGUAUUGGAUGUUUUUAAAUAACACUAUUUUAAGUCAUAACACUUUUUUUUUUUACCUCUUCAUAUGUACAGUGGCUGCCAAAGAAUACUAAAUGGUGGACUUAAUAUGAAGAACCAUGACCGUACGUGAGCGUAUGUAAUCACCCCCAUUAAAAUGUCUUCAGUUUCAAACUCA